AUGCAUUCACUCGCUUCUUUUCUCGGAUUAUCUAAAAAGUCUUCUUCAACAAAACUAUCCAACCAUCAUCAGCAAAGUGCUUCUCAGCGCGAUCUUCGUGAUACGAUCGUCAUUUCGUUUGAAGAUCGGUAUUAUGAUAUUCACUUUCGAGACACAAGAGGCGGUAUACGCGAAACAACAGUAGCAGAGCUCAAGCAGAAAUGCAAACAAGUGACAGGCGUUACUAUAGCCACCAUGAAGCUAAAAGUAUCCGGAGCUUAUAUCAAAGACGAUACAGCUACGCUAAUAAGCAGUGGCAUUCAUGAUGGCUCAGUUGUGUUUGUGAUAGGCGAUCGAGCUAAUAGUGAACAAUUAAGACAGACAACAUCAGGAAACCCAGAAGAAGUAGGCUACAUGACACGCAUUUCCAACAUUAUGGAAAAAGUCAAUCAGUCGAACCACAAAAUAGAAGAGUUUGACAUCAGAGUAGUGUCGGCCAUAGAAACAAGAUUGGAUGAAACCCAAAAGAAGGAGGCUGAAGAUUUAGGCAUCUAUCUUUCUGAGAUUCUGAUGCAAGCACUUAUUGCAUUGGAUGGAGUCGAUUGCCCCCUGAAUUUGAAGCAGCAAGAACAAAAAGGAGAGAAGGUGUUAAACAGUGUCAAGCGCUUAUGGACCGUGUCGAUCAAUCAAGAAGUGCCUUUAAACAAGCUGUUCAUCAAUAAAUUUUAUUUCCCAAAACAUACAUAG